AUGUCUACUCUCCUGUUUGACCCAUUGACAACAACAACUGUCGAGCUGCAGCAGCGACUGGCUAGCGGGAAAUUAAAUAGUGUUCAGAUUAUCGAGACAUACCUCACCCAAAUAGAUGCACAUAAUCCGGCCCUUAAUGCCUUCAUCUCACUUGCACCUCGGGAUGCUCUUAGAAGUAUCGCAGCAGCGCUCGAUGCUGAGCGCGCUGCUGGAUCCCUUCGCGGUCCUUUCCAUGGCAUACCCAUUGUUCUAAAGGAUAGCAUUAUGACGGCUUCAGAGCUUGGGAUGCCUACAACUGCGGGCUCCUUCGCGCUGGCGCAAGCAAAAUGCAAAAAGAAUGCUCCGUUGGUAGAAAAAUUAAUAGAUACUGGCCUCAUCAUCCUGGGCAAGGCCAAUUUGACCGAGUUCUGUGGCUUGAAGACUUCGGCCAUGAUGCCUGGAUGGUCUGCUUACGGUGGCCAGACGCUGUCUCCAAAAUGUGCACAGUCACCUGGAGGCUCAUCGACGGGACCAGCUGUAGCUAUAGCUGCUGGAUUUGCCCCUCUGUCGAUAGGCACUGAAACUACAGGAUCGAUUAUGGUGCCUGCGUCCCGAAAUGCGCUGUAUGCAAUCAAGCCUACUGUUGGGGAUGUCGACAUAAAAGGAGUGUUCUCCCUAAGUGAACUCUAUGAUUCCGCCGGACCGAUGGCGAAAUCAACCCAUGAUCUUGUACCUGUAACCGAGAUACUCCUGGGUCGCAAACUAACCUCUGCAGGGCAAAAAAAUUGGCAAGGUUUGUCAGUUGGCUUCGUUGAUCCGAGAGUGUGGAAUCUGGGCGACUCAAUGUGCCGGCAUCAUGAGGGCACAGCAGAAGAGAUGAUUGAGACUUACGAGCGGGUUGUCUCCAAGUUAAAGGAGGCUGGAGGUGAUCUCCGCUAUCCCGUUGUUGUCCCGGAUGUUUCAGAGUUGACCGUCGAUGGUAAAGAGGCGUUUAUGAAGAUUGCAUUUUGGGAUUGCAAGAACAGAACCAUUGAUAACUUUCUCAAAGAAUACGAAGAGUCGCCUGUGCGCUCACUCGCUGAUAUUGUCAAGUUCAAUGAAGAGCACAAAGAUGAUGCUCUCCCUCAUCCAUUCCCUGACCAGAGUGAUCUUCACAAGUGUCUGGACAACACUGAUGAGGAAGAAGAGAUAGAGUUUCUCAAGAAGGGACUACGAGCAAAGGCGAGACAACUUUUGGACUCUACCUUCGAUACUGAAGGAGUGAGCAUUAUUGCUGCGCCCACUGAUUCGGCGCUGCUGAUCCAUGGCGCAGCUGCAGGCUACCCUACUGCAAAUGUUCCUCUUGGAAUUCUAUCGUACAAUGGCAGAGCGUACGGCAUUUGUUUAAUUGCCAAGGCAGGCGAGGAAGAGACGCUGCUGCGGUUUAUGAGUAUCUUUGAGAACACGCUCCCACCAAGGCCUGUUCCUGAUCUUGGAAAGCUGGAUCCCAUACCAGGCCAUAAGAAUAUAGGAUCUCAGUGA